GGAUUUUGAUCACCCUCAAAGUCUUCCAAAGACCCCGGUUCGAACCCGGGUAGGACCUCAUUUUUUCUCAUCUGGCGUUUCGCGUCACCACUUUUUGCCCAAGUUCACUCCCUCUCUCCUUUCAGUUCCCCCCAUCACGUUCUGGAAAUCUCAAUGACGCGUCGGCAACUCGGUCACAUCAUCAAGGGUCCAACCCCAGCUUUUUCAAGUCAUCAAGUGGAGCCAACCUGGAGAACCCGCACCAACCAGCACCUCAGCCAUCAACGCCAUGCUUAUAGCAGCCUAGUCCCACGUCACCAGACCAUUCCCCUUCUCCGCAUCUUCCUCAUUGGCUCCGUUUCUCUCUUGCCUCCUGAAAAACAAUAUCACGAAAUUCCUCGCGGUCGAUGGUAGCGACAUGAUGGUGCUCGGCAUGGGCUGGCAUAAGCCUGACAACUUUGCCGGUUCGUCGAGUCGGGCGAUCACGAUUGGGUUGUUUGUUGCGUCAGGAGGUUUGUUGUUUGGCUAUGAUCUGGGGUGAGUUUCGUAAAAAAAUGUCUCGUUGGUUUUUGGGAUUCUGCGGCGCCGUGAGCAUCGCCUUAUGCCUGCAUGCGACACUGCUAUUCUCUCCGCUCUCUUGUGUUCUAUCGCCUGAUGAAAGUUGCGCUGCGCGUUGAGUACAGUUGUCGCGAGAUAGCCUCAAAGGUCUCUCCUUAUUGACAUUGAUCGGCAACACUAUGGCCCUGACUAACCUCAUCUCACUCAUAGCGUCAUCAACGGCAUUCUCGCCAUGUCUGUCUUCAAAGACCACUUCAGCACCAACCAUUCCUGCAAAGAUGACGAAGGACACAUCGAUCUCUGUCCCGAAGACUCAUCUCUCAUCGUCGCCAUUCUCAGCGGUGGAGCCGCCAUCGGCGCUUUAGUCGCAGCUCCAUCUGGUGACAGCAUCGGGCGGCGGAAGACAUUACUCGCAGCUGUCACCACAUUUUGUAUUGGAGCAAUCUUUCAAAUAUGCGCUAGAGCAACACCAAUGUUAUUAGUAGGAAGGUUACUUGCUGGUGUUGCAGUCGGAGCUAUUUCCGUUCUCGUCCCUCUUUACCAGUCCGAGACUGCACCGAAAUGGAUACGCGGGACCAUCAUAUGCGCGUAUCAGUUCUCCAUCACGGUGGGGAUAUUAACUGCGACUACUAUUAAUGUCGGCACAUCGAAUAUCAACAGCGAUGCCGCAUAUCGAAUACCACUUGGCCUCCAACUCGUACCCGGCCUCAUCCUGGCCGCUGGUAUUCUUUAUCUCCCCGAGACUCCUCGGUUUCUCGUCAAGAAAGGACGGUUAGUAGAGGCGGGAAUAUCCUUGAGUCGUUUUCGCAGACUGGAUAUGACGCAUCCUGCUCUGGUGGAUGAGCUUCAAGAGAUUAUCGCAAAUCAUCAGUAUGAACUAACCCUCGGUCACGAUACAUAUAAAGCUCUCUUUGCGAGAAACUCCUCCCUUGGCCGUCGAACCAUGACUGGAUGUGGGCUACAAAUGCUGCAACAACUAACUGGUAUUAACUUCGUUAUGUAUUACGGAACCACUUUCUUCAGCAAUGCCGGGAUCAACAAGCCCUUCCUCACCAACCUGGCCAUGAUCAUCAUCAACUGCGUUUGCACAGUACCGGGUCUCAUCGUCAUCGAAUCAUGGGGAAGACGCAAGCUCCUCAUGGCCGGCGCUCUAGGCAUGGGCGUUUCUCAGUUGCUAAUAGCAGCUGUAUACUCAGCAACUAACGACAAGACGGAAAAGGCUCAUGGGGGGGCUUCCAACAUGGUCCUUGUCAUCUUUUGUGCCAUCAACGUGUUUUUCUACGCAUCAUCCUGGGGACCUGUUGCCUGGGUUGUUACUUCGGAGAUCUUCCCACUCAAAGUUCGCGCGAAGGCCAUGUCAGUCUCAACAACAGCAAACUGGCUCUUGAACUUCGGAGUAGCAUACGCACCACCAUAUAUCCUCGGCAGAGGUGCCAACGCAUUCGGGCUCAAGAUCUUCUUCAUCUGGGGGACGUGUUGUCUCCUUUCCAUUGCUUUCGUAUGGCUGAUGGUAUACGAAACUAGCAAGAUGACACUGGAGCAGAUUGACGAGAUGUACGAGAGAGUAAGAUAUGCAUGGGAGAGUCCAGGGUUCAACCCUACAUGGAGCUUCCAACAGAUGCAGAACGCAGGCUGGGCAGCGAAUGCGCAGCCAGAACAACAGGCUGGCGAUGGACAUUCAACAUCGAACGUCAACUCGACAGACGAUGAGACCCAUGAAACGGCGCCGAUAAGGCCGGAUAAUGCACACGGAUCGACGACUCCUAUGGCGAAUUUGGAUUUUAGUUACUAAUUAAUCUCUGUUUACAUUCCUUGCCACCGAAUGCAGUCAGAAUGUGAAACGGCCGUUAGCUUGGAAAAGCCAAGCUGUGCCAAUGCAACAGUGAACUCAACCGAAUUCCUGGAUGCUUACAACAAUGUAGCAUGACCCUGGAAAUAGGCAGAAUCCUUCACAUUUCCAACAACAAGUGCUUGGCGAACAAUCACACCUUGCAAGCAAGCUGAUGUUUCACAAGAAGCCCCCUUUCGUAACAAUGCCCA